AUGAAGACUUCGUUUGUGUCUUUGCUCCUAGGUGUGUGUGUGCUGCUGCUGUCUGCACUGACUGUUUCUGCAGUCUCUCUGACCGUCAGUCCAAACCUGCAGCAGUUCUUCACAGGAGCCUCAGUGUCUCUGACAUGUGAAGGUCAGCUGGGCUCUGAUGGAUGGACGGUGAAGAGGGACACAGGAAGUGGGACUGAGUCAUGUGGAGCAGGUGGGAGGGGCUUCGGGAGGUUCAGUGGUUCAUCCUGUUUGUUUGAUGAGUUCAAGCCAGUCAGUGGAGUUUACUGGUGUGAAGGUGAAGCUGGAGAGAAGAGUGAAGAAGUCAACAUCACUGUAUCAGGUAAAGAUGUGAUCCUGGAGAUCCCUGCACUUCCUGUGAGAACAGGAAGUGAUGUCACACUAUGCUGUAAGAAGAAAACUGGUGGCACAGCCGCAGCUUAUUUCUUCUUUAAUGGACGUCCUUUAAGACCUAAAUCAGAGAAAAACAUCACCAUUAACGUGCAGCAGUCUGAUGAAGGUCUCUACUGGUGUGCGAAUGAUGAGUUUGGAUCAUCUCCUCAGAGCUUUCUGAGGGUCAGAGAUUCUAUUACAACAGCAGCAACCAUCACCACUCACAUCUCCCAUUCUACUCCUCUUCCGCCUUCCUCCUCCUCCUCCUCCAUCGUUCCAGUCAUUGCAGCUGUGGUUUUUCUGGGUCUACUGGAUCUGAUUCUGGUUGUAGUUCUGAUGAAAUGGUGGAGACAAACAGGAAGAACUCUGCCAUCAAUUCUGAGUAAAGUCAUCUAUCAGGCUCUCAUCUUCAGAGAGCCAGCAAAUAAGAAUUCAGUAAUCCAGUCACAUGUUUUCUCCAGUCUGUGGACAAACACUGCAGGUGUGACAGGAGAAAGUACCUGAUGGACUGUCCUACCUCUCUUUAAAAGAAAUUUAUCUCUCUUUGCUUGAGAUUAAAAAAAAUGAAUACAAAAAAAUAAAACUGCUGCAAUAAGAACUAAAACCAUCAGCAGAAAUACGUUUCCUUCAUUUUUGUUUUUAUUAUUUUUUUAAUGGCCUGUGCUUGUUUGUAAAUAAACAAAAUGUUUUUCACUGCUUCACUGGAUUUUGAAAUUCUUGACUAAAGAAAAUCCCCAAUAAUGAAACCAAUAACCAGAAGAAAAGAAGAAUAAAUCGAUUUAAUCCAAUUUCACUGCAGGUGUAAACAUUGCAUGUGACAAAGGUUUGAUUGAAAAAAAAUCCUGAUGAGAUGUAAAGAAAAAGAAAAAAGAACAUUAUUGUGUGAAACUCUGGCAAAUAUCCAAUCAGUUAAUCACAUGGCAGCAAACCAAU